UAUAGCCAUCACCAUACGUUGCCGAUCGCAAUGCCUUUCUCUUAUACGAUUUUAUGAAGACGAUUUCAGUUUUGGUUUUACGCUGUUUUCGUACGGUUAGACGAUCAGUGGUUUUUAGCUUUCGAUUUUUAUCUCGAUAAAUCGGAUAUGUUUUGCUAUUUAUUGUGGUUUUCAGUAAAUCGUUCGUAAAGGAUUAUAACGUGAACCCAAUCGGAACUGUGAAGUUAUUUUUUUUAAAUAAUGAUGGUGGAUAUGGAACAAGGAGCAAAAAAUUAUAUUCAAUUACUCACAUCGGAUGGUGUUGGGAAGCGUGUGGACCAUGACAUAAAUUCGUACGAAUUAAAACUGCCACCAUUUUACGAUGAAAAGUUGUUUAAAAGAGCUCAAAAAUUUUUCAACGCCAACAUAUUUGCUAUGUUUGCCGGUAAAUUAAUUGGACUCAUAUCUGUGCUGGCCAUACCGUCAAUACUGAAAAUACUUGACUAUACCAAAGAAUCCGGUACAUCAAUGAAGGCAUAUCGACGGUACUUAGCCACAAUUUAUCACACUGUCAUGUGGUAUCAGGUUGAAUUAAAACCAGGAUCCAAAUCAUGGAAGUCACUAUCAGCGGUUCGGAAACGCCAUGUAAUUUCGAGUAAUUUUGCUGAAAAGGGGCAAUCUGGUUUCAUAUCUCAGAAAGACAUGGCAUUGACUCAAUUCGGAUUCCUUGGUUAUAUAGCCAUCAAACCCGAUAUGCUAGGCGUCCAAGUAACCGAUGAAGAUCUGGAAGCAUUUACUCAUUUUUGGAGAGUUAUAGGCUACAUGAUUGGCUUAGACGACAAAUACAACCUUUGUACAGAUUCGUGGUCCACUACCAAACCACGACUGGAAGCGAUGCUAUCUUAUGUGUUUCAACCGAGUCUGGACGUUUCUGGUUUAACCGAAAAAUUUACCGAAAUGUCACGCGCUCUCAUCACCGGUCUUUGGUGUUUCAAUCCAUUUCUAACGUUUGAUGCUCACAUGUUUUUCCUGAAGAUGGUGGCCGGUUGCAAUAGUUAUGACUAUUUGGAGAAGAGUAGUUCUUCGAAUCAGAUAGAAACAAAAGCAAAUUUAGAGAAACUGGGUUGGUAUGAUCGAGUGAUUUUGUAUCUGCUAACAAUGGCCCAUACGUGCUGGUUGAAAAUAACCGUUUUGCGAUGGUACUUCAAUUCGCAAAUUCACCUGUCUCUGUUUAUAAUUCAUUAUUUUCCAUUUUUGGCAUUUUAUAAGUUUGGAAUUCGGGAUUCGUAUGUGAGGAUCUUAAAAGGUGAUAAAUUGUAGCUUUAAGUUUGUGUGUACAUAACUGUAAUUAGCGUUGGAUAUUACAUGUACAUUUGGUCGUAGUGUUUUUAGUUGAAAUUAUUUAAAUAAAAAAAGUUGUUGCCU